GUUCUUACACUGAACAUCGCAGGCGUCAAAUCAUUAAAGCUUCUUUCACAUUGCGAUACUUUUAAUCUCAACCAAUUAUAUCGUAUAUCUUGUUCAAAAUGUCAAAGUUCUCACUGGCUGGCCGCUUAGCCAUUGUUACUGGGGGAGGUCGAGGCUGCGGUUUCGCGUUUGCCCAGGGGUUGGCCGAAGCCGGUGCCGACGUUGCCAUUUUCGACGUGAUUGAGCCCUCUGCUCCUGAAGUCGAACAGCUGAUUUCCAGCCACGGGGUCCAGAUCAAAUCUUACAUUGUGGAUGUAACCGCGUUGUCGAGUCUAAAAGAAGGAUUCGCCGCUGUGGCUGCAGACUUCGACAACAGGCUAGACAUCCUGGUUGCAUGCGCAGGGGUCAACAAGAAUGUGCAUUUCCUCGACACAGAAGAGGAAGACUUUGACAAGUUAUUUGCCGUCAAUGCUAAAGGUGUUUACUUCUCUGCAAAGCUGGCAGCUCAAGCCAUGAUCGGAAACGAGACCAAAUGCGGAAGUAUUAUUCUCGUGGCCAGUAUUGCUUCGCAUAUGGCUAUUCGAUCACAGAGGUCGACAGCUUACUGUGGUACCAAGGGUGCAGUGAGAGCAAUGGUUGCACCAAUUGCUGCAGAGCUUCAAGAGCAUGGGAUCCGAGUAAACUCAAUCAGCCCCGGCUAUGUCAAGACAGCGAUGACAGCACCAUUCCCGGACUUAAUCGAGGGAUGGAAGGACGAGAUCAUGAACCGUCGCGUCGCGGAACCUGACGAUAUCAAGGGAGCCUGUGUCUUCCUGGCCAGUGAUGCCAGCGCGUAUUGCACGGGCUCCGAUAUUCUUGUUGAUGGAGGUGUCACAAAGUGGUAAUGUCACUAUCCCUACCUCUCCGGAAUUGCAAAGGGGAAAGCAAAGAAAUACAAAACUCUAUUAUUAUUAUUAGCCAGUACUUGAACGUUUGAGGCAUGUAGUUCGUGGCGC